AAAUAAGAAUCAGACAAUUCCUGACAACUUUUAUAACUUGUUAUUCUUAAGACGACAAGAGAAAUGAAGAUACAAAAACCCAAACCAAAAGUCACCAGGUUGGCAAUAUUAACACUGACCUGCAAAUCCACACCUGCAAAAAUAAAGAAUCAGUACUGCUCUUUGGGUGGUUCUGUGGAAGCAGCCGGCUUGGAGUCCAUUUGCUGGGAUUGGGAAGCUGCUACGAUCAAACCAAUGUCUGAGUUUGUGCUUUUAAACAGCAUGUCGAACAUAAAACAUUACAUAGAAUACAGCAGGAACUAUUUAUUGCAAAAGGACAAUUAUUGUAAAGACGUCAUUACAUGGACCAUAGUAAAUGUUCUAAAUCUACAGGGCGAAAAGGUGAAUAGAACUCUUUACUCUGACGAAUCCUGCCUACAGAACUUUCAACUUCCGGAGCUCAGAUUCCGAUUAAAACUUAAAUGUUGUGUUCAUACCAAUGACAUAAAAUUAUACUAUUUUUUACCAACACCUGCUACUUUGAGCUAUGAAAUAAGUGCUAGUCGUAUCCAGGGCGUUGUUUUAGCAAAGGCAAAUGAACAUUGCAUACCAGCAAAUAAGUGGUUAUACUUGACCACUUUAAAUAGCAGCAUAAACAAUACAACUUGGCAGCGUAAUUAUCAAAAUUUUGGCAAGGAAAUACCCAUUCUGUUUAAAUUUAAGGUUUCAUUUCAUAACACAAAUUUUAAUUAUAUGGAUGAGUUAAGCAAAGACUUUGGAAAGUUACUUCGUGAUGAAUUAUUGUCUGAUGUGACUAUAAAGUCUGCAGAAGGCCUUGAGUUUAAAGUCCACAAGUGUAUAUUAGGGAGCCGGAGUGCAGUUCUUAGAGCGUAUUUCAUACAUGACAAUACUGAGAGUUACACAAAUACAGUUGAGUCUCCAUUCGAGGGACAUGUGUUACAGGAUGUACUGAUGUUUAUAUACAGUAAUAAAGUUUUAAGAGCUGGUGAAAUACCAGACAAGCUGUUGGAAGCUGCUGACUAUUACCAACUUGACAUGCUCAAACAUUUGUGUACACAAAAAUUAUAUGAAAAGCUCACCCCCGAGAAUGCCAUAGACACACUACUACUAGCCGAUAGACAUCAUGCUGACUCAUUAAAGGAUUUGACGUUGAUGUUCCUUAAAGAUAAGGCAAUAGGAUUGUUAAAACAAUCUGAGACAUGGGCUAAAAUUGAAUCUGUUUCUCUGUUAAAAUACAUUUGUAAAUGGUUGGUGGAAAAUGAUGAUGAUGGUUACACAGACCAAAAUAAUUCAUAGAUAUAAAAAUCAGAUCAAAAGAACCUGCAGCAAAUACAGAUCAAAAGAACCUGAGAAAUUCUUAUGAGCCAAUCAUCGAUUUCAAGAGCAUGCCAGGAGAAGUAACCACAACAAAAUAUAUAAAACAUAAUAGCACUAUCAGAAGUAAAUAUAAACAAUGUCUUUUUGUAAGAGUGCCAGGUCUGUAUUUUAUAUGCUCCUGUCGCAGGGCAAGACGUUUCUAUACUACUAAGAGGACACACUGGCUUAAUGUAUGUUGGCAGAGAGCAUAUAUGUUUAUAAUAUAUAGGUUUACAUACAGGGAUAGUUGAAAAACAAUACACAUUACUUAAAAUAGACUGAACUUUACCUUGGCAGUCCAUUCCAAUCUGAGCUAUGCUUGUAUGUAAGAAUAAUUAUUACAAGUUUUUUUACUUUA